CAGAAAGGGAGGGGAGUGUGCGCAAGGCUUUGGAAACAGGCAUGCAGACAGCCGACCACUGCAAAGUGUUGAGCGCGGGACACACUGGCUUUAGCCCACACCACUCUCUCCCUCUGUCCAAGAGAAGACCCCAAACCUCUGCUGUGAGGCGCUCACACUCAUCCCAACCAAUAAUGUGAAAAUCAGACGGAAACGUUUGUCAGAUGUUCAAACUCAUCGUCGCUUCAUUGUACUCCAGUGUCGUCUCUUUUCAACAGUGUCACACAGUUUGCAGUCAGGCUACAGUAGGCUAUCCACAAGGAUACCUGGUGUGAGAUGCGGCAAUGUCCCGAGGAAUAUGCCCACGCGUAAACUCUUGCGGAUCCUUUUGGAUUUUGUCAGCGGUCAUAUUUUUUGCGGCGACUGUGAUCGACGUGGACGCGUACAGCUGUCAUGAAGUGAGGACCGCUUUCCAGAUGCGUCAGGUCGGCCCGCUGCACCGCGUACCGGAGACACCUGUCCCAGAGACGGAUCUGAUGGUUUGUAAGCACCAGGGUCCGUCCUGCUGCAACAGGAAGAUGGAGGAGAGCUACCAGUUUGCUGUAAAAAGAGACACCCUCCACAACAUUCACUCCUACAGCUAUGAGCUUGAACACCUCAUCUCCGGCCACUCGGAUGCCUUCCAGGACAUGUUCCAGUACCUUCUGUCCUUCUCUCAGGGCCACCUGAGUUCUCUGUUGGAGGGAACCUACACAUCCCUGUCCCGCCAUGCCCUACCCCAUGUUAACCAACUCUUCUCCUCGCUCUCCCACUACCUCCGUGGGGCCAACGUCUCUGUGGAGGCAUCGGUUCACCAGUUUUUUAACAACCUCUUCCCACUCGUCUACACACGGCUCAUCAACCCAGGCAUUGAGGGCAGCAUGAUGAUGGGCAGUGAAAUGGCCGAUUGUCUCCGUAUGAUCAGGCAGGAUGUCAACCCUUUUGGUCCUCAUCCAGCCGUCAUGGCCCAAGAGCUGGCGGGGGCGCUGGGAGCUGGCCGACAACUGGGCCUGGCCCUGGAGGAAGGUUUAGAGGUUAUGAAUGCCACUGAACAUCUCAGCCUGAGCAAAGAAUGUGUGAAGGGCCUGGUGAAGAUGGUGUACUGCUCCCACUGCAGGGGCUUGACGCUGAUCAAGCCCUGCAUGGGCUAUUGUCUGAAUGUAAUGCGAGGCUGCUUGGCCAGCGUGUCUGAGCUGGAUCAGCCUUGGAGGAGGUACACCAGCUUGUUGGAGCAACUAACCCACACCAUGGCUGGGCACCAUAGUCUGGAACUAGCCUUGCUAGGGGUCAGGGGCCACGUUAAUGAGGCCUUGAUGUACGCGCAGCUCCACGGUCCACUCAUCACUGCCACAGUGGACAAGGUGUGUGGCCUGUCUACAGGGGAACCUACAAGCAUGCAACCUACUAGCCCAGAGGUCACAUCCUUUACCGUGACCUCAUCUUCUCCACUUCCAUCUGCCGCCCCCUCCAAACCUCUACCAGAGCAGUGGCUGGGGCAGUUAGCCCACUUGAGGAGCUCGUUCCCCUUGAAACCCUCCAAGAACAAUAAACAUAGUCUGAGAACACUGUCUAGGGAGUUCUUGAUGUACCUGCAGCGCUACAAGUCUUUCUUUGCAGCGUUGCCAGAGAUGCUGUGCGAAGGGGAGAAUGUAGUGGACGACUCCACAUGCUGGAGCGGAGAUGAUGUCGUGGAGAGCUAUUCUGGCAGAGUUGUAGGAAAUGGACUCCAUGCCCAGAGGCAAAACCCAGAGGUGAAAGUUCGCAGCCCGAACCCCACACUGGCUGAGGUCAAGGAGAGGUUGGAGCGCUUCAACCAGGAGACCCAGGAGAGGUUUCCAAAACUGGGCCAGAUGGAGGCCUGGGAUGAGUUGGGCAGUGGGGAAGAGGGCAGCAGCGAGGACUGUGAUGAUGAAGAUGGAUGUCAAGCCUCAGGAGACGAUCAAGGCCAGACACCACACACAGAAACCUUCAGUAAAGGGAAGCCCAUUGCGGGACAGCCGGGAGGUGACAGCGCGUAUGAGAACCCUUCCAAGCCCCCCUCGGUGAAGGUGAUAGGGGGCUCGCCGUCUGCCAGCUGGGCACGACCCUGGAGCCUUGCACUGCUCUUUGCUGCACUUUGCUUGCAGUGGACCCUGUUCUGAUGGAAGCUCCCUCUGUGAAUCCGCCAACCCAACCCCGCCCCUCUAGGAACCACAUACAUGCACACAGACACUCAUAUCAUAUACAUAUCACGCAUAAUAUUCUUUCUCCUGUCCUCAACGUACAUGGAUGGAUGGUGAUGGUAGAAAAAUAAAAAUGGAAAACAAGACAGGAUGUGGAAGAGAAGAGGACGUCAUUGUGGGAGACUGUAGACAAGGGGGGCGAGGGGGGGGUGGGCUCUGGCAGGAACUGCAACAUCACCAGUUUGGGUGUUUGCACAAGCUAAUCCCAUGCACGCUCAUCUACAAAGAUUAGGCCUGCUGCUUCUUCUAGGCUGUUCUGGGGCUUGACGUUUGUGUAUACAGACUACCAAUACAGCCCUGCCCUUUGUGGUUCAGAACGGGACUGCAUCACUCUGAUUUUACUUAAAAAACGCUUACACAUAAUCAGACUCACAUAUACAGUACACAUGCAGCUGUCUUCUUUUUUUUUCUGCUGCUGGUUUUUACUUAUUCUUUCAGGCUCCAAAACCUCAUCAUGGCCACUGCACCAUUUGCCAGACAGGCAGAAGAAUUCAGCUCAUUUGAAAACUCAACUCAUUUUCUUUUUGGGGAUUAAGGAAUGCAUGAUAGAUGGAUAGAUCAAUCCCAGGUGCCUGGCCCAGAACGGCAGAUUUGUUAUACUCUAAUGACUGUGUACCUUGGCAGGGAUUAGAUUGUAAUAAGUUCACAGGUAGAGCACAGGCACACUUGCACGGUUGAACACAUUGUGCAGACAAAAUAGGUGUGUAUAGUAUGUAACUGUAUAUAGGUGGAGAGAUUUGAUGGGAGUGUAUGAGGUUCUGAUUCAACAAAAAGCUCUUAACUGAUUGAGCUGGAUGGGGUUUUCUUUACUUUGAUGGACUGUGGUUAUCUGCUCCAUAUUACACAGAAAAUAAAAAAAUAAAAACUAUAGAGAUAUAAUUUCUAUGACAAAUAAAGGAGGAAUGCACAUCAUUUUCAAACUCAAGCCUGUGACAUAAAUGGACAAAUUUUGGACAUUUGAACAAAGUCUGUACAUUAUUGAUUUUACUAAUGUUUAUUGUGCAUACAAGUUUUGUGUGUUUGCUCGUUGAAUUGCACAUUGAUGCAUGUGUGUAACCUACCAAGUUAUCAACGUUGUUAUUGAUAGGAUCAGGCCCCUCUUCAGGAAGCAUCAAAAACUUUAUAUUUUGUAUUUCCCAUUACAUCUAGCUGAUUUGAAGAUUUCAUCUUCCUCUCUCAAAUGAUGGUUUGGAACUUGAAAACAAGAGGACGGUCGGGCUGCAGAUCCAACACAUGCAGAUUCAAACACACAUGAAAAAAAACAAAACAUGUAGAAUAUUUUUUACAAAGUGGUAGCCAUUGUGUAAGCCGUUCUACAUUGAUUUAUCAUACAUUUUGGCAAAUAAGCUCUCUACCAACUCUUAAGCAGAUCAUUCCUUGGAAUUCCAACAGAAUAAAAGCAAAUCCUUCUUUGUUUGACUUAUUAUUACUGACAUCUAUAAUGGCUUCCUCUGUAUACGUGCUUUCUCUUUUGUGUUGAUGGUGAUGGUUUACAUACUGGUACAGAAGAGUACCUGUGUGAAUGAGGAUGAAUGUAAGGUCAAAGCUAUUCAGCUGCAGUAUUAAACCUAAUACCUAAAAGCUACACACGUACAGUAUCUAAGCUAAAUAGGUCUAUACACUUACAUGGGUCUAUGUGCAGUGAAAUACCUCUUCCAUUACCUUCAUUGUAAACAACUCUUCCUCCUCUUACUGAGAAGUAUUUCUGUAAUUAUUUAACUAGCAAUUCUCUGCCUAAAAGUUGAAAAAAGGACAACCCGCUUAACUACAUACAAAUAUAUCCAAUCAUACACGAAAGCCCUGCAGUUCAUGAAGAAUGGGAGAUGACUACAGCGAUGUAAGGUUAAAAUGUGUCACAUUUUGUGUUGUGUAACCAUAUUUGUUUAGCUCAUAUGAUUUCCACCAUGUAAGUUUUGUUCCUGACUGUCGAUCAUUGCACCUACGGAUCACUUACAGCCCUUUACCCCUUGCAUGUGUAUAAAUGUACAUAUUUUAAGUCACUU